GCUGAUAAUAUCGAAAAGGUAAGACGACAAAGUAGAAGAAUCAAGUGUAGACAACUACAAGCCUUUUCUUUAAAUAGAAAGGGGAUUAGAAGCAGCCAAAGAACAACUAGCAGAUAAAAUAUCACACUCAACAACGACGACGGAGAUAACUAACCUAGAGCACCGGUCUAGCAGUAUGGAUUCAUUGGGCCUCGGUGGGACCGCUCCUCGAAUGCUAAGUUUCAAUGGCACAUCACCAGACUUUGACUAUAUGGCAUUCCUACAGGACGAUGGGUUUGAUUACCUUGCCGAGGAGAGUUCCUCGAAUUCGGCUUCUGCUCCCGCCGCCGGCCCCUCAUCUGACAUCUCACCAUCGGAUGACCGAGGACUAUCCAAGAAAGGCUUGAGCCAAAGGCAGAGACUUGAGCGCAGAGGACACACAAAGAGUCGACUUGGCUGCUAUAAUUGUAAAAGAAGAAGAAUCAAGUGUCAAGAGACACAUCCGGCAUGUGGUCACUGUGUCAAGUCAGGAUUGCAGUGUGAAUACCCGAAUGCGCCAACGGUCAUUCACCAGCCUCAACAGCAGGUACCCCUUUUCAGCCUACAAGACAUGCGGUUCUUUCAGCACUUUUUGCAGGUCUGCUACCCUCAUCAUCCAUUGGGUAACGAAAGCAUCUGGACGCAUGAGGUCCCUUGCUUGUCCCAGAACCACGAACACCUCAUGCACGCCAUUCUUGGCCUCUCCGCUUCGGAACUCAUGGUCAAUGAGCCUAAUUUGGCGACCUUUGCCAUGACGCAUCGUCUAAAGGCCAUUAAGGCGAUCAAGAAGCAGUUAACAGAUGGACUGAAGACAGAUCCCGCUGCAGAAGGUAAUGCACUGGUGGCGACCUGUUUUGCCCUGACCUUUCAGUCCGUUUUGCUAGAUGAUGGGAUGGCAGAAUACAUGACGUUUAUCCGGGGGAUACUUAUUACUGCUAUUCAGAUGUGGUGCAAAGGGGCUAAGUUCAUGUUCCAUAAUUUCAUAGGGGAAGACCAGAUGGCUAUCCUGAAGCCUCUCAUGGAGCAAGUGCCUAUAACCAAUAAGGGCUGGACUGAUAUGGCAGUCGCUGGCAUGAAAGCCUUGCGACCGCUUUGCAAGCAUGAAGUCGAGAUAGCGUAUCAUGGUAUGAUCCAGGAAAUCGCGGAGACUCUAUAUACUUCCCCAUUCAAAGCCUAUGAGCUGCUUACCCGACAUUACGGGUGGUGGAUGCAGAUCUCUCACCAAAACUUCGCACAUCUCAUAGAUCCGAACAAUACGGUCUGCACGCUGCUGGCUUCGCAUUGGAUAGCACUAAAACAGAUUAUGGCGUCCAUUACCGAAAAGGAGUAUGAGGCACGUCAAAAGGAGCCGAACAAGGAGAAGACUAUGGAACUUGGUAUAGGCAGAUGGCUCAAAUAUCUCAACCGGCAAGUUCCACCCGAAUUUUCUCAGUACAACUGGUGGCCUACUUGGGUCGAGGCACAGCUGGAUGAAGAUGCAGGUUUCUUUGGUAAACGGGCACACUGAUAGUACUAUAGAUGUAAUGAUAUUUGGCUCUCAGCAAGUACAAGAUUGCUAUAGAAAACGCAGACUCCUUCUCGAAAUAUUGCCUUGCGAAGCUUUCCCUACAGUAUUUUUUUGAGUUGUGUGGAAUCGGACAUUUGCCACUGCGUCAGAUGCCUCAACUUCUCUACGUAUUUCUCAAGCUGAGGAUAAUGAUAAGAUGACACCGGCGGAACUUCUCACGACCCUGUCUUAAUUCAGUCCAACCCGCCAAGCACAAUUGUGCCGUCACGGGUGCCCUACCCGUCCCUUUGGCUUGGAGACGCACUGGACCCGCUUUCCCCAGAAUACGAAAUACGACACGACGAAGCGCAAUGCGGGUGAACGCUAGCGGGAGC